CCCGUGUGUGCAUCGGGCUGCAUCGGUCCAACAUUUAUUCAGCUUAAGGCAAAAGGCCUGUCUGGGUGUGAUUCAUUAAGUUCAGCGGCUGUGGUGUUUUGAUGGUGAGAACUUAACAACUUCUGCAAUAAAAGGAAUGCAGUUAAAACCUAAAACAUCAUUUUGCCUUGGAUUCUUGCCCUUAAAUGACUGCAAGCUCAAAAGAGAUUGAAGGCCGACCUUUGUUUCAUGGCUAGAUUACAAUGUCACGUUACUCCAGACUUUGCAGUUUGAAUUUACUGCACCUUGACAGAGGCAGCUGACACAAGACAAUAUGAUUAUCUUUUUUUGCCAUUUGAGGUUCAGGGUUAUCAGUUUAAUCUUUAUAUAUCCUGAAAUAAAAUGCACGCCGGGAGCAAGUGACAGCUUCUGUCCCUGCAGGUCAGUGGUUUGUGCAGGAAAUCUGAGACGAUGCUUUGGAGCCGGCGUACUCCGAACUACAUCUCCCAUCAGCCCGUGCUUGCUGGCUGGAGGAAGCUGUCACUGUGCUUCCUUCUGGACUUUGGCAGGGAUUUUAAGCCUGGGAAGCUGCAGACUCCUGACAUUCUCAUUUCACGCAGCCUGAUUCUCGCCAAAAAGCAGCAGGCUCCUCUCCCCUCCCCUCCCGCAGAGCUUGAUGGCGGUGCAGGACCUGGACCGUUCCCUGGCCUUAUCGAUUUGUAUGGAUCUGGAGGAGGACUUGUUGAAUACAGAGCAAGUCUUCUGGCUAGCAGAGGCUUUGUGACUCUAGCUCUAGCUUACAUGGCCUUUGAAGAUUUGCCUGCUAUGCCAGAGAUUCUUGAACUGGAUUAUUUUCAGGAGGCUAUAGACUUUUUGCAGAAGCAGCAGCAGGUGAAAGAUGCUGGGAUUGGCGUUUUGGGCUUGUCUAAAGGAGCUGAUCUAGCCCUUUCCAUGGCCACAUUUCUACCUGGCAUCAAGGCAGCUGUCAGCAUAUCUGGAAGUGGCUUUAAUUCUUUCAUUCCCCUACGGGGAGAUGGCUUCACUCUUCCUGCCCACCCAUAUGACUUGGGGAGAAUGAAGACCAGUGAGGAGUCUGGUCUUGUAGAUUUUUCAGAUAUCCUAGAUGAUCACAGAGACCCAGCGACUUGGCAUAGUCGCAUUCCCAUGGAGAAGUCCUUGGCCAAGUUCCUCUUCCUGUCAGGGCUGGAUGACAAGAACUGGAAAAGUGACCUUUACUGCCGGGAUGCUGUUCAGCGCCUUCAUCAGUGUGGACAGAAGGUGGAGUUUUGCUCCUAUGCUGGAGCAGGGCACCUCUUGGAGCCACCAUACCUGCCUCUGUGCCAGUCUUCAAUCCACAAAGUGCUUGGGGUGUUUGUGCAGUGGGGAGGGCAAUGGAGGGAGCAUGCCAGAGCCCAAGAAGAUGCCUGGCACAGGAUACAGGCCUUUUUCUGGAAGCACUUGAUGAACUCAGACAUUCCUAAGAGCAAUCUGUAGUGCAUGUAUUGCUGUCAUCAGUGGUGGCAGGAUUAGUGUUUAAUUUCUUACUAUAUUAGGGCUGAAAUCUUCCCAAAUAAUUUCCCAUUUUUGAAUUUUUUGAGUAGCAUCUGGCCCCAGGUGCAGUGUAGACUGGCACCAUCUGAACUGCCUAUGUGCCAGAGUCAUCAGAGAAGAUGCAGCUUACUGACAUGCAGGUUGCAUCUGUACUGAGCUGGCUUUGCCUUCAGUCUGUCCCUCUCCCCUGGUAGCAGAAAAUAUUCUCAAAGGAGAGUCCUCCAUUGAAUUAUAUUACACCUUUAACUAACCUAGAAAUAGACAGUGGUUUCUUGGGACAAUACAUGAGUACAUGCGCUUACCUUUCUUCCUGGUAUAUUAUUUCCUCACAUUUUUGUAGAAAAAUGAUGCUACAUUUCAGAUCUCCACUGUGUGAAGAAGCACUCUUCUGAUUUAUUCUGAAGUGCGGUGAUAACAUUUUUUUCUGAUACUUCAAAAACCAGAAUAAAUGAGUCUUAUUGAGGUUACA